UAGUUUAUAAACGAACCUGUUUUCGCAAGGGUGGGAAUUGUUCCAUGCCUUUGGGCAGUUUACUUGUUUUGGACUCACUCUUCAGUGAACUUCUUGUCUGGCAACAUCCAGAAAAUGUUGCUUGAGUUUAUAGCUCUGUUUGUGCUCGUCGUCUUGAUUUACAAGAUAUUCAGCCCUUAUGAUUAUUGGAAGAAGAAAGGGUAUCCAUAUGUUGAAGGAAGUUUCCCAUUUGGAACAAGCCCACCUUUGUUUUUUUCAAAGAUCUACCAAGGGCAUAUAAUUGAAAAAAUAUACAAUGAGUUAUCCCCACAUCCGUUUGGUGGAUUUUACAUCGUCCAGACACCGCACCUGAUGUUACGCGAUCCCGUGCUUAUAAAACAUAUUAUGGUCAAGGACUUUUCCCAUUUUAGAAGCCGGUUCGGAAAUAGAUCUUCUCCAGACGAUCCCCUAUCUCAGCAUCUUUUCAACCUGGAGGGCGACCUUUGGAGGAGCGUUCGGGUUAAGCUGACUCCGACGUUUACUUCCGGGAAGAUGAAAAUGAUGUACGCGCUUUUCGAAGCAUGUGCUAACAAUUUGAGCAAAGUUUUAGACGAUUCUGUCGGAAAGGACGUCGACAUAAAAGAUUUAUUCGCUCGCUUCACGACAGACGUGAUAGUCACCUGUGCAUUCGGCCUGGAAGUCGACUCUCUCAACGACCCGACAAAUGAAUUUCGGACCAUCGGACAAGACAUCUUUCCCCCUUAUGCUACCCGUUUGAUGAAACUCACCCUUUUUAUAAGAUUUUCUUCAAUGAGAUUUCUAAGACGGCUUCUUCGUUUAACAACCCUGCCUAAAAAAGUGAACAAUUUCAUAAUAAACACGAUAAAAGACACGAUAGAUUACAGAGAAAAAAACAACGUGAAGCGAAACGAUUUUCUAAACUUGCUCAUCGAAAUGAGAAAUAAACCGUUGAGUGGUGCAGACGGACAUAAAAAGGACGAAUUAGAGAUGGAUAUGGGAAUGAUAGCAGCACAGUGUUUCGUUUUCUUUGCAGCCGGUUUUGAAACAAGUUCAUCAGUCCAAAGCUACGCACUUUACGAACUGGCAAUGAACCAGGAUAUUCAAAAAACCUUAAAGGAAGAAAUCGACGAAGUGCUUGCAAAACACGGCGGAAAGCCGACGUACGAGGCGUUGCAAGAAAUGCCAUAUUUGGAGCAGGUCAUCAACGAGGUAAUGAGAAAAUACCCGACCGUGCCCAUGCUCACUCGGGAGUGCACCGAGGACUUCGAAUUAGAAGAAUUCGGCCUCAAAAUUAAGAAGGGUGAACAAGUCUUAAUUCCGACGUACGCACUUCACCACGACCCGAAGUACUUUCCGUCUCCGCAAAAGUUCAACCCAAGUCGCUUUUCAGAAGAAAACAAAUCGUCAAUAGUUCCCUUCACGUAUCUUCCAUUUGGAGAAGGCCCGAGGAUUUGUAUCGGUAUGCGAUUCGGGAUGAUGCAAACAAAAGUAGGCCUAGUAACAGCCCUGUCGCGUUUUAACAUAUUCCCAUCAUCUUCAACACCGAAGACUCUGAAGUUUGCUCCAACAGCUUCCAUAACGAUCGUCGAAGGUUCAAUCAAUUUAAAGUUUGAAAAAAGACAAUAAUAAUUUUUCUUCAAAAAGUUUUCUGAUCUCAGUGAAUGAAGGAUAUUAAUAAUAGAAUUGUAGUGCAAUAUUUGAUAUAUAAUAUUAAUUAUGUAUGGAUAUAAUUGAUGUGUAAGCAAUUGUCUGCACAUAAAAUAUAAAUUAAAUUAUAUUUAAUUUUAAAAAAUUUAUCAUUACAUUAUUUUUUUCUUGUAGUUUAUAGUAUUAUAAUGUUAGGGUAAAAUACAACGUUAUUUUUGACCUAAGUAAAACAUUUCGUAUAAAAAAAUAUUUAAAA